CUCUGCAGAUUUUUUAUAUGCCUUUCUCUUAUCGGGCUCUAUUUUUCUGUCGCCGAAGGUGUUAUUGGGGUUAAUUGGGGGACUAUGGCGAUUCGUCCUUUGCCACCAAAGAUUGUCGUUCAGAUGUUGUUGGAUAAUGGAAUUAAGAAAGUUAAGCUCUUUGAUGCGGCUGAAAACACCAUGAAAGCGCUUGCUGGGAGUAAUAUUGAGGUCAUGAUAGCUAUUCCAAACAAUAUGCUUGCAAUUAUGAACGAUUAUGAUGCUGCAAAGCAUUGGGUUGAUACAAAUAUUUCUCGAUAUAUGUUUGAAGGAGGAGUCAAUAUCAAAUAUGUUGCUGUUGGCAACGAGCCUUUCCUUGCCGCCUAUAAUGGUUCAUUCAUUAAUACCACUUUGCCUGCACUCCAAAACAUUCAGAAUGCCAUUAAUGAAGCUGGCUUUGGAUCGACAAUCAAGGCGACCGUUCCCCUCAAUGCGGAUGUCUACAACUCCCCAGCGUCCAACCCAGUCCCUUCCGCAGGCAGGUUUCGUGCUGAUAUCAGUGACAUCAUGGACCAGAUGGUUCAUUUCUUCAAGCAGAACAAUGCUUCAUUUACUGUAAAUAUCUAUCCUUUCCUGAGCUUGUAUGCUAAUAAGGACUUCCCCUUCGAUUACGCCUUCUUUGAAGGCACCGGCAAACCUGUAGUUGACAAUGGAAUACAGUACACCAAUGUGUUUGAUGCCAAUUUCGAUACCCUCGUCUCAGCUUUGAAGGCAGCUGGAGUGCCUGAUUUACCAAUCAUAAUUGGAGAGGUAGGAUGGCCUACUGAUGGUGACAUAAAUGGCAAUGUUGGUUAUGCAGAAAGGUUCUACAAUGGUCUUCUUCCACGUUUAGCUCGCAAGCAAGGGACACCGCUGCGACCAAAUGCAGAUAUAGAUGUUUAUCUUUUCGGUCUUAUUGAUGAAGAUGCAAAGAGCAUAGAUCCAGGAAAUUUUGAGAGGCAUUGGGGGAUCUUUCGCUUCGAUGGGCAGCCGAAAUUCCCCAUGGAUCUUUCGGGACAACAGCCGCCGAGCAACUUGCUCGUGGAAGCAAAGAAUGUCAAGUACUUGCCACAGAAGUGGUGUGUGUUCAAUCCUGAAGCAGAUAACUUGGAUCAGCUUUCUAAUAACAUAAACUAUGCCUGCACUUUCUCAGAUUGCACUGCACUUGGCUAUGGAUCCUCCUGCAAUGGUUUGGAUACUAAUGGGAAUGCUUCUUAUGCAUUCAAUAUGUACUUCCAGGCACAAGGGCAGAAUGAAUUGAGCUGUGGAUUCCAAGGGCUUGGCAUGGUGACUACUCAGAAUCAGUCUACUGAUAAGUGCAAUUUCUUCAUUCAGAUCGAUUCUCCUGCAAAUUAUCUUACUUCUACGAGGCCAAUUUUUGUGAUGUUUUCGUUGAUUUUACUUGUUUUGGUCAUGUUUUAAAUGAUUUUUUUUAUUCGGGAUUAUUUGAUGGUGGUUAUGCUAU